AUGACAAGAGAAAGAAAGGUCUGCCGAGCAGAGCUGACCUCUGAAACGCAUCCAUCGCUUUCAACCCUCGGCCAAGGCCAAGGAAAGGGCCAGGGCAGAGGCCUACCCGGGAGUCGGGCCUGGCGUCCCGGGCUCCCGGAGGGGUGGGGGAAGGGAAGGGUAUUAAGCAGCCGGGAAGGAGGAGCACCUCCACCGUCACCCUCGGGGCCUUUUGCCCCCCUCGCCCGAGGCAACGGGCAGCGCUUACCUGGGGCGGGAGGACAGAGAGGUCCCUCGGGUCUCGCUCCGGCCCCGCGCAGAAUUCCCCCCACCCCCGCCGCACUUAGCCCCGGGAUCCCAACGGAGGCGCGGCCCCUCGCCGCCGCCGCCGCCGCCGCCGCUUCUUCGCCUGCCCCGGCCUCGGCCGCUGCUGCCUCAAGGGCUGUUUACACCGUCGGGCCCUUCACGCCGCCGCCGCCGCUGCCACCUUCCCUCCACCUCAGCGCCGUAGCUGCUACUGCUGCUGCUGCUGCCGCCGCCGCCGCCGCCUCCUCCGUCGCGGCCUCGUCUCUCUGGGGCAUCUUCCAACCACCGACCCCUAGGAAACAGAGACUCCAGCCGCGCCGGCAGGAAACUCCCCCGCAACUGCCAAGGGGGGACGAGACGGUCAAAACCCGGGCGGCUUCUCCGCCAUUGAGCAGCAGCAGUAGCAGCAGCAACUCGGCUCCUUCUGCGAUGGGCCCCCUCCUCCUCCCCUAG